GACAGACCAGAGGACACCACAGACACACAGAAGGCUACAGCCCACCAGACCUAGCUACAGGAUGGACCAUGUUAUUCUGUUUGAAGGGAUUCCCAUGUCCAAGUCCAUGAGAGGAAUGUGUAAGGAGGAGGACUAUGCGUUCCUGGGAGAGAAGGGGAAACACCAUAAGGAGACAGACACUCUGGGAGAAGACUGGAAGGAAGAGAAAAUGGAGAGGGAGCGGCGGCGGCGGGAGCGAGCGCAGCAGGAGCAGGAAAGAAUCAGAGAACUGGAGGAGAGUAGAAAGGAGAAGGAGCAGCAGUGGCGUCAUCAUGUAUCAGAGCUGGCCUCCACUCAGGAGCAGAGACUCAGAGACAGACUGGCACGGAUCCACCACUUCAGGGACUUCCAGAGGAAGGUGCUUGUAGAGGAGAUGUCCCUCCAGACAGACUCUGAGUCCAGCCAAGCCCUGGACCAGCUGCUUACCAGGAUCUAGACAACAUAGAUCCACAGGAAAGACCCAUUUCACAACCAGUUCACAGACAACCGGUCUCUUCUUGUCAGUAUAUAUCUAUAGUUAACUCUCUCCACUAACACCUGUCUGCUGUUCAGGCUACAGAGUGAUCUAGUCUGUAUAGAUAUAAACCAGUAGAGUAGAAACCAGCUGAAUCUCCUCACAGUUAGAAACUAGCAGAGUAGAAACCAGCUGAAUCUCCACAGUUAGAAACCAGUAGAGUAGAAACCAGCUGAAUCUCCACAGUUAGAAACCAGUAGAGUAGAAACCAGCUGAAUCUCCACAUAGUUAGAAACCAGUAGAGUAGAAACCAGCUGAAUCUCCACAUAGUUAGAAACCAGUAGAGUAGAAACCAGCUGAAUCUCCACAUAGUUAGAAACCAGUAGAGUAGAAACCAGCUGAAUCUCCAUAGUUAGAAACCAGUAGAGUAGAAACCAGCUGAAUCUCCACAUAGUUAGAAACCAGUAGAGUAGAAACCAGCUGAAUCUCCACAUAGUUAGAAACCAGUAUAGUAGAAACCAGCUGAAUCUCCACAGUUAGAAACCAGUAGAGUAGAAACCAGCUGAAUCUCCACAUAGUUAGAAACCAGUAGAGUAGAAACCAGCUGAAUCUCCACAGUUAGAAACCAGUAGAGUAGAAACCAGCUGAAUCUCCACAGUUAGAAACCAGUAGAGUAGAAACCAGCUGAAUCUCCACAUAGUUAGAAACCAGUAGAGUAGAAACCAGCUGAAUCUCCACAUAGUUAGAAACCAGUAGAGUAGAAACCAGCUGAAUCUCCACAUAGUUAGAAACCAGUAGAGUAGAAACCAGCUGAAUCUCCACAUAGUUAGAAACCAGUAGAGUAGAAACCAGCUGAAUCUCCACAUAGUUAGAAACCAGUAGAGUAGAAACCAGCUGAAUCUCCACAUAGUUAGAAACCAGUAGAGUAGAAACCAGCUGAAUCUCCACAUAGUUAGAAACCAGUAGAGUAGAAACCAGCUGAAUCUCCACAUAGUUAGAAACCAGUAGAGUAGAAACCAGCUGAAUCUCCACAUAGUUAGAAAGCAGUAGAGUAGAAACCAGCUGAAUCUCCACAUAGUUAGAAAGCAGUAGAGUAGAAACCAGCUGAAUCUCCACAUAGUU